GUUCGCGGGACCGACCUGCUUCUUUCUUUUCUGUUAAUAUUUUUCUCUUUCCGCAUUUCCAUAGCGCACUCAGCUAAAUGACUCUUGCGAAGCGGGUCACGUACUACUAUGACGACGAGGUGGGCAACUACAACUACGGGUACAACCACCCCAUGAAGCCGUACCGCAUUCGCAUGGCGCACAACAUCAUCACGUCGUACGGGCUGGACAAGAAGAUGACAGUCAUGCGGCCGUCGCGCGCAACAGCACACCAGAUGACGCGGUUCCACUGCGACGACUAUGUCAAGUAUCUCAGCCGCCUGACCCCCGAGCUGGCCGAGGUGGACCCAAUGCAGCUGAACCGGUACAUCUGCACAGAGGACUGCCCGGUGUUUGACGGGGUGUACGAGUUCAGCUCCAUUUCGGCUGGCGGGUCGAUUGCCGCAGCCAAGCGCAUCAACCACGGCGAGUCGGACAUUGUCAUUAAUUGGGCCGGUGGGCUGCAUCACGCGAAGAAGGAAGGUGCGUCUGGCUUCUGCUACAUCAACGACAUUGUGCUGGCGAUUCUGGAGCUGCUUCGGUACCACCAGCGCGUGCUGUAUCUGGACAUUGAUGUGCACCAUGGCGACGGAGUCGAGGAGGCGUUUUAUUCGACUGACCGCGUCAUGUCGGUGAGCUUCCACAAGUUUGGGGACUUUUUCCCAGGCACAGGCCACCUCAACGACAUUGGAGUAGGCAAAGGCAAGAAUCACGCAGUCAACAUCCCGCUUAGAGACGGAGUCGACGACGAGAGCUACCGGGGGAUUUUUGAGCCGAUCAUGAAGAUGGUGAUGGAGCGGUUCCAGCCGGGGGCUGUGGUGAUGCAGUGUGGCACUGACUCGCUGUCGGGCGACCGUAUCGGGUGUUUCAACCUUAGCAUGAGGGGACAUGCUGCUUGCGUCGACUUCAUGAAGUCGUUUGGCGUGCCAAUGAUAUGCCUGGGUGGUGGCGGCUACACGAUCCGCAAUGUCGCCCGCACGUGGGCGUACGAAACCUCGGUUCUGUUAGGCGAACCGGUCAGCUCGGUGCUGCCGUACACUGAGCACUACGACUUCUUUGGGCCUGAUUUCUCGCUCGACGUGCCGUCAAGCAACAUGGAAAACCACAACACGCCCGAGUACCUUGGCAAAAUACUAGUGGCUAUUUCGGAGCGGCUGCGUGAAAUCGGACAUGCACCAGGCGUGCAGAUGCAGGAGGUGCCGAGAGAUUGGCCGGAGGAGAGCGACGGAGAGCACGACGACCGAGAGAUGGAUCGCAAGCCCGAGUCGAAGCAGACGAGGCGCCAGCGGGAGGCGCGGAUUGUGCCCAUCACCGAGGUGUACGAGUCCGAGGACGAGGACGAAUUUGCUCCAAGGAAUCUGUCGUCCUAUCGCCAUACUGGAACAGCGACGCGGCCAGCUCGUGGAGGCGCAAAGUGA